UGCUUGGUCGAAAAAAAAUUCCCGUUUCAGAUAAAACGACUGUCGUUCCAAUGGGCAGAGAAAAACCCUAACAUCUCUCCGGCUCUCCCUAAUCCCUCAUCGACUGUCCUGCUUCUCUUGCCAAAACCGUUUCUCCUCCUCCCACAUGGACUCCUUUUGCUUCUCCAUCUUCGAUUCCUUCUACUCCUGAUCGAUCCUCCACCGCCGAAGGUCUCCAAAACCGUUUCUCCUUCUCCCUCAUUGAAAAGUUGUUUUCGUUUUGAGGAAUUCUUUUGCAAGCAAACAGGGCCCUUGGCGGUGGUGCACCCAAAACAGCUCAAAACGAUUUUAGGGCAUAGUACAGAGGAGGACAGGACAGUUGGGCUAGCACCGUCCUACAGUCCGUUUCUUGGGAGAUAAGUUGCUAGUAAUAAUAUAUAAAAGUUGUAGGAGGGAAUUUGUGAAACUAGGAAAUCUUAGUACUCCUAUUUCUGUCCCGCACGGGUGAUUGUGUGCAGCCCUAAAAUUUACUAAUCGAAUCAGAACCUCCCAAAAUCCCGUAGGGAAAAAAAAUCCAACAAAGUUAGCAGCUCCGGCGACGUCAAUCACAGGAACAGGGCAAUGUUUGAAGGGCUUGUUCGCCAACUGCUUUUGGGUUAUCUUGGACGAUACAUCAAAGACAUACAAAAGGAGCAGCUCAAGAUCACCGUUUGGAAAGAAGAAGUGUUAUUGGAGAAUGUGGAGUUGAUUCUUGAAGCCUUUGAUUAUCUCCAGCUGCCAUUUGCUCUAAAUCAAGGUCGAGUUGGGAGAUUAAGCAUCAAAAUACCAUGGAAAAAGCUUGGUUGGGAUCCCAUUAUUAUUACUAUAGAGGAUGUAUUUGUGUGUGCCUGCCAGAGGGACGACCAAGAGUGGUUCAGGGAUGCAGUUGAAAAGAGAGAAUUUGCUGGGAAAAAGGCUAAUCUUGCGGCAGCGGAGCUGGCAAAAUUAUCAAGACGUGUUUGUGAUAGUCAGGCUGGGGAAUCAUUUAUCUCAUACAUUACUGCAAAGAUUCUCGAGGGUAUUCAAGUCUCCAUCAGAAAUGUCCAUGUCCUCUAUCGUGAUAUGCUCAUAGACACGGCACAAUCUGUGUUUGGUCUUAAGUUUUCCAGCUUGACGAUAAUGAAGCAGAAUCUUCUUGGCGGAAAGCUGAGAGGAGGUCAAGUUCAUAAAAUGGUGGAGAUCCAUGGUUUGGAAGUUUACUGUAGCACUUUCCAGAGAACUCCUGAUUCGAUGAUUGUCGAUCUUACUGGAAACUCAGAGCUUUGGGGCAAUGCAUUGUGUGAAGGCAGAAAAAAUGUCUAUGUAUUGGCCCCAGUUGAUGUGUCCAUGACUCUAAUGGUGAGCAGGUCAGGAAAGCAUGAAAGUGAUGCUCCACAGUAUUCAAUCAACGUCGAGUUAUUAAAAUUGGUCUUGUCUUUGGAUGAGGUUCAGUUGCAACAAAUCCUUACUCUAUGGGAUUACUUGGGUACAUGUCAAUUGAGGGAGAAGUAUGGACGAUAUCGUCCUUGGAAUUAUCCUUUAUCGAGUAAAUGUCAGGGUUGGCAAACAGCUUGGUGGCACUAUGCUCAACAAUCUAUUCUGUCUGAUGUUCGCAAAAGCUUGAAGAGAACUUCAUGGAAGUACCUUGGAGAACGAUUAAGCCGACGCCGCAAGUACGUGAACUUGUACAAGACUAAGUUGAAGUGUCUUCGAGAAGAACAGCUUGUUGAUGACAAUAUUCUUUUUGGGUUGGAGCAAAUGGAGAAAGAAUCUGAUAUAGAGGAUAUAUUGAUUUAUAGAUCUACUGCUGAGAAUGAGCUACAGGAGUUCGUAUUGAAUUCAAACUCCUGCUUGGAAGUGAGUGGUACCAGUAUAGUUUCGGAGAAGUCACACAAUGAUGAGCGCUCAUCUAGCAGGCCUCGAGGAUGGUUGAACUGGCUGUCUCGAGGCAUGCUUGGUGCUGGAGGAACUGAUGAUUCUAGCCAGUUUUCUGGUGCUGUUUCAGAUGAUGUUAUCAAGGAUAUUUAUGAGGCAACAAAGUUCCAACCAGCAGCUUUGCUUGAUGGGACAUCGGCUGGGGCUGAUUAUGUCGUUUUCUCUGAAAUCAAGUUUAAUAUUCAUCAAGCAUCUGCAACUUUGUGGAGCAUGAACUUUGGCCGAGCAAUUGCGGAGUUGAUUUUUGAGGGGGUGUUUAUUGAAUGUAAGCUUUGGGAUGAAUCUGCAGUGAUUACGUGCUUAGUCAACAGUGGAAGAAUGAUUAAUCCAUGCACCAAGCAAGACAUUUUGCGUAUAAGAAAGGACGUUAUUGAGAUGGAUGCUCUGGAAACUGAGGAAACUUCUGGAACUAUUCAUGUUGGUAUUUCAUCAGUAAAAGGGGACGCUGAAUUACUGGUGAAGGUCAUGAUUCAGCCAGUUGAAGUGACUUAUGAUUCAGAGUUUCUCUUGAAUGUCACGGUGUUCUGCAAUGUUUUGGAAACAAUUAAGUUCCAACCUGAAAGGGUCAUUUUGUCACUAAAUGGCAUUGAAGAUGUAAGAGUGCGACUAUUGUCAAAGUCUGAAUACAUUUUAUCAAGUCGUAAGCGGGUGGUUUGGGAUGUUCAUUUCGCGAAUGUUAGGAUGGAUAUUCCGUGGAAAGAUGCUAAUUAUGAACCAUAUAUCAUGGUACUGGAGAUGGGAUCUCUUUCUUUUGGGUCCAAAUGCGACUUGGGUUCUGCUUCAGGUAUUGAAGACCGAAUGCAUGUCCCGAAGAACUUUAAUAGUUCUUUUUCCACCAGUGGUAUUUCUAUUGAGAUGCAACUGGAAGAUCUUUAUGAUCAAUUCGAAAUAAAAGUUGAUGACUUUGCGGUAAUGAUUCUUUGCCAUCCUACAAGUGCGUCGGUGUUGGAAAAAUUCUCCGCCUCUAUUAGCUUGACAUCCUGCGUCAUCCCAGAUGAAUCAAUAUUGAAACAGCUGGAGGUUUAUAUUACCAUGCCAUCACUACAUGCACACUUUUCUCCAUCAAUGUAUGGUGCAGUUUUGGGAUUGUUACCAAGUUUGGAUGUGCGGCGUUCAGGGUCAGACUCAGUAAUUCUACCAAAUAUAAAGCCAGACCCAAUUAUUCUACGGAAUUCAUUUGGUAUCAUGUCAAGUAAACUGACAACUCCGAAAGCUUUUUGUUUCUCUGUCAUCGCAUAUUUGGAGUCAGUGAACCUUCAUAUUGACCUGGAAAACAAUGAAGACAAUCGCUGCAGUCUCUUAGUCAAUCUGCAUGAGUUGGAUAUUAGGUAUGCUGUAAUGGAGAUGCAGGAGUGCUGGAUCUCUACGAAGGCAGUGAAAAUAAUCAGUUCUUUGUUGGACAGUGAUAAAGAUGGCCAUAUUCUAUGCUCAUCUGGGAAUAUUAUUCCUGUCGAUUAUGCACAGCAGCAAGAUGCAAGUCAGAGGGAAAAUUCCAGUGGGAAAAGCACAUCUGCAGAUGGAUGCUUUGUAUUACAGUAUCAGGAAUGGAGGGAUUUGGGCUUAAUUCCCCACAAGUGUACAGUCUGCCUUAGUGAUGUUGAUUUUCACUGCUAUCCAAAUAUAGUCAGGUUGCUGGUUGAAUUUUGUGAUAAAUUGCUUCACUAUGGUACAUCUCUCAAUGUUGAGAAUCCAGUCAGUCGCUCUAUGAAUGGUGAAAAUAUGUCACCAAUUCAGUCUUUUGGCUUGGAAAGAUUUGGCUUCUCAAACUUUUCUGAAACUGGUUCCUCCGAAUGGGCAAGCAUUCCACUCGACCGCUUUCCGUUUGUUACUAUUUACAACUGCGGUUCUCUUAGUAAUGCUCAGAGUUCACUUAUUCAUGCCCUUCCGGACUGGAGGAAAAUUUUGAAGGUGAGGGACAGAAGAACCAAAAGUCCUAAAGUGAGCUUGAGAGGAUCAGCAAUGUCUUUUGCCUCAGAGUUGAAAUGCGGAUUUGGUAAUGAUAUGGUGUCUACAGCACAGUAUUCUGAUGUUAGUGAUGUUCUAAUUGAUCUAAGUCUCAGCAGAAUCAGUGUACAUUUCCAUGACUGCUCGUGUAUAGUUGGAACCGUUGUCAUAGCUACCGCAAAAUCUUCAGUGUCUAUCCGUGGAGAUUGUUUGGACGUCUUGUGUUCCACUGAGGGAUUGACGCUACGUUCAUCUUGGUGGCCUCGAAGCAUCCAUGACUUUCUGUGGGGUCCCUCAUCGACAAAUUUCUCUCCUAUUUUAAAUGUGAGGCUGAGGAAACAAAAAGAUGGACAACUGAGAUCCGAGCUUGAAAUAAGCUUUGGCAUUCAGCAUGUGUCCUGCAUUUUACCACCUGAUUUUUUGGCCAUAUUAAUUGGCUAUUUCUCGUUACCUGAUUGGUGCUCCAAGGGAAAUGGGCAGUUUUCUGGGGAAACUGCUGGGUUGGUAGACUCAGUAGACACUAGUCUAAUUACUUAUAAGUUUGAGGUGCUUGACUCCAUUUUGUUUACACCACUCGGGAGUGAUGACCCUAGGUCACUAAAGCUUGAAAUUCCACAAUUGUACUGUAGUUUCACCCAGAAUAGCUGUUCUAGUGGUAUAUUGAAGGGCAUUCCUCCAGAAUGUUUGGUUGCGGCAAAUAAAAUUGCAGAGAAAAAUCACUGUUUGAAUGUGUUUGGACAGGAUCUAUCGCUAUCGCUUUUCUUGUUAAAUAAUGAUGGAUUUGAUGCUUCAAUGGUUGACCCAAAUAAUGGACAGGUAUGUAUUGCCUUUAUCACACCAUUCAGUGCUGAUGUAUGGGUUAGAAUACCAGAUGAAAAGGGCUCCUCUUGUGUCAGUUCUUUCGCUUCAACGUGUGUCAUGGCUAGGGUUGACAAUGUCCAACUUAUUGCUAAAGAUGGUCACAUUGUUCUUGGAUUCGAAGCACUACUGGACAUCAUAGAUCAGUUUUCCUCCGUUGAUAGACAAUCCGAAGGUUUCACGUCUGAUGUUCUUCAGUUUCUUCAGUUCAAAAGGAGCGUUAUGGAGAACCGUGCAUCCCAACCAGAAGCCUCAACCGUGACCUUGAUAGAAACUAAAUGUUGUGUCAAUGCAUUGUCAAUAAGUUUUUAUCACUCAAGAAGUGAUGUGGUCUCUUUGGAACUGGUUGCUAGGGCUGAUAUGCAAUUUCUAUUAUCUGCUUCUUUUAAAAAUGAGAUUCCCAUCUUCCUUGAUGUUUCUUUCCAUUCACUCACAUUGUUUUCUCACCUUAAUUCAGUUAUGUUAGGAGAAUGCACAUCUUCUUGCCCAACCUCAUCAGUCCUUGACAUUCAUCUUUCAAUGUCAGAUCAAGGUGAAAAUGAUCUUCUUGUUUCCCUCCCUUCCCUCGAUAUUUGGUUACAUUUGGUUGACUGGACUGAGGUCAUUGACUUGCUCAGUUCUUACCCUGGGCGAUUGGCCAAAAAGUCGAUUGUGGGGGCGUCCCCAAAUAACUCACUGGUUGGUCAAGUGGAUCAAAUUGAAAAUGCGACUGUUAAUGUUCCUGCAAGUACAUCAAUUUGUGUUGCUUCAGAAAACAUGAUGCAGACUGCUACUACCCUCGCAGCCAAGUUAGAAAAUAUCGGCAUAGAGAUUCAUAUUCCUGUCUGGAUCAGUAGAGAGGCAUUUAGCAUCUUCGGGGAGCCUCAAGUUCAAGAGGAGGGGUGUCACAAUGAUUCAUAUGAUAUGGACGAAGGAGUUCACAACAAUUUUAUUACAAUUUCUUUUCGCAAUGGAAGUAGUGAACUGCUUUUUAGUAGCAGAACUGCAAAAAUAAUGUUGAACUUGGCUAAAAUAAAUGGAACAGUGGGGUUAAAUAGGGGUAAAAGUUUCCCUUCAUGGCCAUUUUUCCAGUUUUCUCAAGUUAAUGUUGAGGCUGAGAUUCGUGGAAAUCAACUGGACCUGGCCCAUGUCCAUGCCAAUAUACAAUGUGAGAGUCUGGAUCUGUGGCUUUCAUAUCACAUAUUCUUCUUCUGGAAAAGUAUGGCGUUCAUAUUUCCUAAAGCACGGUCGGGUCAAUCUGCUUCAAGUAGUGGUGAUCUCAGCAUUAAACUCAGAAAGAUUUCGAUUCUGUUGACCGAUGGAAGGUGGAACUCUAAAGGACCCCUUAUGGAAGUUCUCAUGAGGAAUUUUCUCUGGCAUGCCAACAUGGUUGAGAACAAAUUAGAAGGCUCAGUUGCUGGUGACUUACGAGUGAACUACAACAACAUUCACAAGGUCUUAUGGGAACCUUUCAUAGAGCCGUGGAAUUUUGUGUUGAACUUUAGCAGAUUACAUGCGAAGAGUGCUCUUCUAAGCAAUGCCAUCAUGACAGAUUUCCAUCUCACAUCAACUGCACAGCUUAACUUGAAUGUUACUGUCUCCCUUGUUGAGGCCAUUUUCAGGGUAACUGAGAUGGUUAAGGAUGCUUGGGGUUUGAUGGGACAUAAAUCUAUUUCUGAAAGCCAGAGCUUAUUAAGUCCACAGAUUUGUGAAAAUAUGAAUACAGGAAGAUAUGCGCCAUACAUAUUACAAAAUUUGACCUCCUUGCCUCUGGUAUUUCAAGUCUGUCAAGGGUCAAUAUAUGCUGAUUAUGUGGAUAUGUCGUUCAAAGGUGGAACGUUGGUGCAUCCUGGUUCUUCUGUCCCAAUUUAUGUUAAUGAUGAUGAAACUCCAGAGGAACUACUACUUCGCUCUAGACCUGCUCAUUCUUCUGAUAGACUCGGUGACAAGCAAGUGAGCGGGGUUGCACAUCAUUAUAUAGUUAUUCAAUUUAAUGGGACAUCUGUGCCUUCAAAUCCUAUUUCAAUGGAUCUUGUAGGUCUUAAUCACUUUGAGGUUGAUUUUUCGAAGUCAACAGAUAAAAUGGAAGUUGACAAGAAUAGGGAAUAUUCGAAAAGCAAUAAACACGCUGAUGAGGUUAUCCAAACAGAUUCAAAAGGUGGCUUUGUCGUUCCUGUGGUAUGUGAUGUUUCCGUACAGCGGUAUUGUAAGCUGAUACGAUUGUACUCUACGGUUAUACUCUGUAAUGCAACUUCAAUGCCAUUUGAGGUACGGUUCGAUAUUCCCUUUGGCGUAUCUCCAAAGAUCCUUGAUCCGAUACUUCCUGGUCGGGAGUUUCCUCUACCUCUACAUUUGGCUGAAGCUGGUCGUGUGAGGUGGCGUCCACUUGACCAGAAUUACCUAUGGAGCGAAGCUCAUAAUAUCUCAAACAUUCUUUUGCAUGAGACUAAGAUAGGACCUUUCCGUUCCUUUGUUUGCUAUCCAUCUCACCCGAGUAGUGAUCCAUUCCGUUGCUGCAUAUCAGUGCAACAGAUGUGCUUCCCUCCUACUGGCAACCUGGAGAGGAGUUCAUCUUGUCCCAAUAAUAGCACUCUGAAGCCAUCAAUUGAAAAUUGUAGCCAAGUAUCAUGUAAUCUGGACAAGUCAAAAAAGCAUUUUAUUCACCAAGUAACAUUAUGUUGUCCACUUAUAGUGAGAAACUAUCUUCCAAAGUCGAUAUCGUUGACAAUAGAAAGUGGUGGGGUUGAACGUACUGCAUUACUUUCAAAGGUGGAAACUUCAUUUUUCCAUAUCGAUUCAUCACAUGACUUGGGAAUAGUAUUGCGUAUGCAUGGAUUUAAGCCUUCGAUUCUGAAAUUCCCACGUGCAGAAACAUUUGGUGGGAUCGCUAAGUUCAGUGGAACAAAGUACUCUAUAUCUGAAACUGUUACCUUUGAACCUGAUUUAACUGAUGGUCCUGUUUAUGUUACCGUGGAAAAGGUGAUGGAUGCAUUUUCUGGAGCUCGUGAAAUCUUCAUUUUCGUGCCCUAUUUGUUAUAUAACUGCACUGGUUUUUCACUAAUUGUUUCGGAUUGUACUACCGAUAUGAAAGGACAUGGUUGCAUCAUUCCUUCGUGUUAUGAUAUGUGUGAGGAGGACCUGCUUCUAGGCAGAAAAGAUGGUCUUGGUCUUCUGUCUACUCCACAGGGUUUACAAGUGGAAUCAGCAACUGAUGAUGGUUUGAGAAAUUCUUCGUCCCUUGUCUCAACUAGGAAAAUUAUGGAUCCUCAAACAAAGAUCCUUUUUAGAAAAACCCUGAUCUCUGGGUCAUCUAUAAUGUCUCAGGAGAGUUCGGAUAGACAUGAUUUAGAUGCACAUAAAGCUGCAGUGAACAGUCUGAAGAAGAGGUGGUGUUCAAGCAUUCAGUCACAUUUAGAGUGUUCCAAUUUAGCAGAAACGGAAUGCAAGAAGGUUGAGGCUUGUAUGUAUUCUCCUGAUCCUAGUUCCUCUGUCACCGAAACUAUGGUUAGGUUAAGUCGGUAUAUGCCUCAAUGUGCUACUGAAAAGAUGCCAAAAUAUUGUUGGUCUAGCCCUUUUUUUCUUGUUCAACCAACUGGUUCUACCAAUGUUGUUAUUCCUCAAUUAUCUGGUGAUGCUGCAUACAUUAUCUCUGUCACUUCAAGUGCAGUUGAUGGGCCAUUUUCUGGAAGGACAAGAGCCAUCACUUUCCAACCCAGAUAUGUUCUAAGUAAUGCAUGUGGCAAGGACUUAUGUUAUAAGCAGAAAGGAACUGAUUCUAUUUUCCAUUUGGCAACUAAACAACAUUCUCAUCUUCAAUGGACAGAAACAACAAGGGAAUUACUUGUUUCGGUACGUUUCAACGAACCUGGGUGGCAGUGGUCAGGGUGCUUCUUAGCAGAUCAUCUGGGUGAUACUCAGGUGAAAAUGCGGAAUUAUGUUUCUGGUGCUGUAAAUAUGAUACGUGUAGAAGUGCAGACUGCUGAUAUUUCAUUUCAAGAAGAAAAGAUUGUUGGAAGCGUCAAUGGAAAUUCAGGGACAAACUUGAUUCUUUUAUCGGACGAUGAUACAGGCUUUAUGCCAUAUCGGAUUGAUAAUUUUUCGAAGGAGCGUAUACGAGUUUAUCAACAAAGGUGUGAGAGUUUUGAAACACUAAUUCAGUCUUACACCUCUUGCUCAUACGCUUGGGAUGAGCCUUUCUACCCCCAUCGUCUCACAGUUGAGGUGCCUGGAGAGCGUGUCGUAGGAUCAUACACUCUUGAUGAUGUGAAAGAGUACGCGCCUAUCUACUUACCUUCGACUUCCGAGAAACCUGAAAGAACAUUGCUUGUCUCUGUCCACGCUGAAGGAGCAAUAAAGGUUCUGAGCAUAAUUGAUUCAGGUUACCAUGUUUUGAAUGAUGCAAAGGAUCCACGUGUCUCCCUGUUCAAAGGAAAAAGAAAACCUUACCAGAAACAGGAAUCUUCUGAUGAUUUUAACGAAAAGAUAUCAGUUUCUAUUCCUUUUAUAGGAAUCUCCUUGAUUGAUUCUCACCCACAGGAAUUGCUUUUUGCAUGUGCUAAGAACACGAGGAUUAAUCUGCUCCAGAGUCUUGAUCAGCAGAAGUUUUCCUUCCAAAUAUCAUCCUUCCAAAUUGAUAACCAGUUGCCUAGUACGCCAUAUCCAGUUAUCCUAUGCUUUGAUCGUGAAUACAGAAGCAACCCAGUAGGCCAGACAAGGACUAGAGAUGAUAGCAUAAAGAGUGAAAGUGAAAAUCCGGUGCAAUUUACUUCUGACAGCCUUUGUGAACCUGCAUUCUGGUUAGCUGUGGCAAAAUGGAGGAAUAGAGAUGUCUCAUUGGCUUCAUUUGAAUAUAUUAGCUUGAGACUUGCAGAUUUCCACCUUGAGCUUGAGCAGGAAGUCAUACUUGGCUUGUUUGAUUUCUUUAGAACUGUAUCUUCAAGGUCUCACGUUGGGCUCCUGACAUUUGGGCAUUCUACAUCCCAUCCUGUCACCUCUGAUCUGGGUUUUAUAAACGAGUCCCCUUCUUGCACUGAGGCUCAUGUUCAGCCCAAGGGGGCCCCAUCCAAUCCAACAAAUGGAACUCAAACUCUUCAAAAUUGCAUAAGUUGCCCUUUGCUCCCUUCAGUAGUUCCUAUUGGAGCUCCUUGGCAACAAAUAUUUCUCUUAGCCAGAAGACAGAAGAAAGUUUAUGUUGAAAUGUUUGACGUGGCCCCUAUUAGGUUGACUUUGAGCUUUUCCAGCACUCCUUGGACGCUAAGAAAUGGGGUUCUUACAUCAGGAGAAUCUCUUAUCCAUAGAGGUCUUAUGGCUCUUGCUGAUGUUGAGGGAGCACAAAUUUACCUCAGACAACUGUUCAUUGCACAUCAUAUUGCUAGCUGGGAAUCCAUUCAGGAGAUUAUUAUCAGACAUUACACUCGCCAACUUCUUCAUGAGACAUACAAGGUGUUUGGUUCUGCAGGUGUAAUUGGUAACCCUUUGGGAUUCGCAAGGAGUGUGGGCCUCGGCAUCAAAGAUUUCUUAUCAGUUCCUGCCAGGAGCGUUUUUCAGAGCCCUGCUGGACUUUUCACAGGCAUGGCGCAAGGAACCACUAGUCUUCUAAGUAACACAGUCUUUGCCAUAAGUGAUGCUGCCACACAAUUUAGCAGGGCUGCCCACAAGGGUAUUGUGGCAUUUACUUUUGAUGACCAAGCUGAUGAAGCAAAGGAAAAGCAGCAGAAGGGUAUAUCCUCACAUAGCAAAGGCGUGAUAAAUGAAUUAUUAGAGGGACUUACCGGUCUUCUCCAAUCGCCAAUUAAAGGAGCCGAGAAACAUGGCCUGCCAGGUGUCCUUUCAGGUGUAGCCCUAGGAAUAACAGGGCUUGUAGCUAGACCAGCAGCCAGUAUUUUAGAGGUCACCGGAAAAACUGCUCAGAGUAUCAGAAACCGAAGCAAGCUCCACCACGUGGGACCACAGCGGUUGAGGGUACGUCUCCCUAGACCUCUAAGUAGGGAACUUCCCUUGAUGCCUUACUCUUGGGAAGAAGCAGUUGGAACAUCUAUACUAGCGGAAGCGGAAAAUGGAUUAAAGCUGAAAGAAGAGGUGUUAAUUAUGUGCAAGGCACUUAAGCAAGGUGGUAAAUUUGUCGUGAUCACAGAGAGACUAAUCUUGAUUGUUAGUUGCUUAAGUUUGGUUGAUUUUGGUGACCCUGAGUUCCAAGGUGUUCCUGUUGACCCGGAGUGGGUAAUAGAAGCAGAAAUAGGAAUCGAUAGCAUAAUCCAUGCGGAUACGUCUGCAGAAGUGGUACACAUUGUUGGCAGCAGUUCAGAUCCAUUGUUGAGGCAGAACCAGCUUAAAAGAGGUGGUGGUGGGGCAAGAGCAAAGCGGUGGAACAAUCCACCCACUACGCUCCCACUUUAUCAGACCAACUUAGAAUUCUCGUGCAAAGAAGAGGCUGAGGAGUUGUUACGAGUUUUGUUGUCAACAAUCGAAAAGGGAAAGGAGCGAGGAUGGGGGUCUGUGUAUCUUCUGCAUCAAAGUAAUCUCAAGUAGAUCAGGACAUCAUGUGCACAUAUACCCUUAUGUAAUUCACUUAAAAUAGUUACGGAAAUAAAGGAAAAAGCUAGUUUUUAUGGUCUUUGAUGACCUUCAUGUUUAUACCAUUUAUGUACGUAUACUUUGCUCGUGGAAAUAUCAGGUAUACACGUAUAUAAAGGUAUUUCUUGUCUAAUGGUGAAUUGUGAUUGUCUGUAGCAGACUGAAAUGUAAUGCAUACUAACUCGCAACAUCACGAUUCCGUCUGUCAGCCUAUGUACCUACGUAUUCAUCCUAA